UAUCUCAGUCUUGAAGUGUAGUCACACAUUUUCGACUCCCGAUUUUGUUCGGUUGGGGUGAUAGAAACCCAAAGGAAACCUACAGGUUGCUGUUGUAUGUCUCCAGAGUGCAUGCAGAAAAUUACUCCUAAUGUGGGAGUCAGACAUAACCAUCUCUCCUUCUCCCGUUUCCACUCUCCCCAUUCACAGUCCUAUCAUUUCGGUUAGAGCCUCUGUGACUUCAAGACUGGGAACGGUACCAAACUUCACUGGACUUGCGGUCCUGGGAAUAUGUGCAUCACGAUUGCCUUUCCUGUGACCUUAAAUCCUGAGAAGAUGUGACCGGGACUGGGGAGAUGGCAGAGUUGGGGGCACGGCAAAUGCCAACCAGACCCGGCAGAGUAGGGCUGUAAGGUCCUCCUUGUCGGUAGAUGCACGGAACCUGUCAACAGGAACAUUGGCGCAAGCACACUGCCAACAGGAGCUUUGAGGUGAGGGUGCAAACGAACUGAAGGUGUGCUCGCUGUGUUUGAUCCCCGCCCCCUUCAGGCACUGUUCUGAUUCUCCGACUGUCAGCCGGAGGCAUGCAGCGAGCUGAAGACCGUCUCCUCUGCGGCUCUUCACGCACUUGGCCUUGAGAGGGAAAGGAAGAGGAAGACUCUCGGCUUCUCGGAACGUUUAUUUAAAGUCGCGCUUCGGGUCGAGGCGAGGAAGAAGCGUGCGAGAGCAGUCUGAUCCGGGCAGCGGGCCUUCUGGUUGUGUUUCUGGCGUAGAGACUCCCGAGGGCUUUAGCCGUGUCAGUUUGCACGGUGCAACGCGCGGACUUGCUGUCGGAAGGGAGGGAACCCCAGAGAUUGAGCCUUUCCCCCGGCCCCCUCCACUCCACCCCACCCCAUCUCCAUUUCUGCGCCUGAGAUCUGUAUCCGGGACUAUUGAUGCACCCUUUCCAGUGGUGUAACGGAUGUUUCUGUGGCUUGGGAUUGAUUUACUCGAAUAAAUCGUGCACAAUGCCGCCAAUUACCUUUCAGGAUCUUCCAUUGAACAUCUACAUGGUGAUAUUUGGUACUGGAAUUUUUGUCUUCGUGCUGAGUUUGAUAUUCUGCUGUUAUUUUAUCAGUAAACUCCGACACCAAGCACGCAAUGAGAAAUACGGAUACAAAGAGGUAAUAACAAGAGGUGAUGCUAAAAAGCUGAAUUUACAUGGGACAUGUGCUGUUUGCUUAGAGGAUUUCAAGAUUAAAGAGGAGUUGGGAGUGUUACCCUGUCAACACGCCUUUCACAGGAAGUGCUUGGUGAAAUGGCUGGAAAUUCGCUGUGUCUGUCCGAUGUGUAACAAACCUAUUGCUGGAGCACCUGAGCAACAGCAAGCGAUUGGCACACUCCUGGAUGAACUUGUUUGAUGCAUUUUAAACUUCACACUGACAGAAGAAUCUCGGAAUAGCCAAGAAUCAAGAGUUUUCUGGGUUUUUUUUUUGAAAAUUGUGAUUGACUGUUGACUGGAGCCAGAGAGAAUGUGAGAGGAUCUGAGUUGAAGCGUGCCACAGCAGUGAUAUGGUUGGAGUAAACAUUGGCGUUGGGAAUGAUUGGGAAACCUGUCCUCUGAACGCCCCUUCAACACAUCUGCUGAGGAAUAGAACAACUUCCAGACUUGCCACUCGGGACUGAGCUCUUUAAUACUCACAGCACCCCGCUUGGUUGACCAGUGCAUUGCUGAGCCAUACAAAUCAGACAGUCCCAGCUCCCAUUCCUGAUCAUUGCUGACUUAGCAGAUCUCAUCUGCUGCAAUUGGGCACUACCACCAUGGAUGAUAGAGGGUUCCCAUUUUUGAUGAGUAUUCUGUUAUCCUCGAAGAUAUUGGUGAAAGUGUGGACAGGCUGAUCUGUCAAACCGUCCAGAGCUAGAAAGGGUGCCAAGCCUAAAUCUGAUUCGAAGUGAAGAACUAGCCCUCUGCAUGUGUCAUGAGUUGGCGUGCAGCAGCCGUGUGGAAUUGAACCUCACUGAGUAUUGGUUUUCAGCGGAAAUGGGAAACUUUUGGUAAGAAGCCCAAGUGUUGAACUAUUCUCAAACCAGCAGAAAUUAAUGUGGGCAGACCUGCACUGGGGUACACUGUACUUGUAACGCCCUGCUAUAUGGAUGCUCAUUCAUCCACCCCACUGCAUACAAGUUGGAGAUUCACCUGAAGUAGACCCAUUCUCAUGGAGUGAAACUCCGUGGAUCCAGCAAACCUGUGUUACUCUGACGGUCAUUGUCCAUCAGUACCAUCACAGCAUCACAGGUUCCCCUAUCCGUGGGCUCUGUUGGGCCAGGAGAAAAUCUUUGCUACCCAUUCACUCAUUGCGUUGAUGCGUGUGUUUAGCUGUUGUGGACAGUCAAGAGCAAUAUUGCAGAACCAUAUGGAGCCUGAUGAUUGAGAAAUAAACCAUCACUACCUAACCCAAUGAACUAAAGAUCUAUCUCCCUUCUUUCAACUGCUUCCAAUAAACUGACCCUCAAGCACAAACUGACAUUGAGUUAAAGGUCUCAGUCCAAGACUGUGUCGGGGAAUGGAACUCUUAUACUAGUGUAGCUGUAAGUGGUACUCUGAGCUCAGGAUGGGAACAUGCUGUUAGAAGAGAACAGACAGAGAGUAUCACUUUGCAGUUCACUGCAACAUGGGGCUCUGUGAGGGUUCUCUGAUCAUUGUGCUGUAUAUUGCACGUUUUUUGUUGUUUAUUGGGCACGACUGUUUUUGUACAGAUUUUAACUAAGUGCUUUGAAUCUGUUCCUUCCUUUCAGAAGGAUUUUCUUUUAUUGUAAAAUACCAACUUUUAAUAAAUAUAUGCCUCCACUGUA